GGGCCCCAGAUGUCCCCGCCUCCCCAUGGGCCCCAGGAAGUCUGCAGCAUCCAGCACCCUAAACUGCCAGAGAAGCGCACCCCAGGGUGGGUGGAGUGUCCCGGGGAGGGUGCGUGGCCAUGAAGCCUUCCUGGCUGCAAUGUCGCAGAGUCACAGGUGCAGGGGGCCUCGGGGGACCCCUGCCCGGUCCCCCCACAGCCCGGGGAGCAGGCCCAGGCCGCAGGGCACUGCUGGGGCCCCAGGGAAGCCGGGGCUGCCGGGCUCUGGCAUCCGGGGGCAGUGAGUACAAGACCCACUGGGCGGCCUCGGUGUCCGACCCCGAGAGGUUCUGGGGCCAAGCUGCCCAGCAGAUCAGCUGGUACAGGCCCUGGACCAUCACCCUGGAGCAGAGACACCCCCCUGCCACGCGCUGGUUUGUGGAAGGAAUGCUCAACAUUUGCUACAACGCCAUCGAUCGUCAUGUUGAAAAUGGUAAAGGAGAUAAAAUUGCUAUCAUCUAUGACAGUCCUGUUACAAAUACCAAGGCAACUAUUGCCUAUAAAGAAGUCCUGGAGCAGGUGUCUAAACUGGCUGGCGUUCUGGUUAAACAUGGCGUCAAGAAAGGCGACACAGUGGUCAUCUACAUGCCAAUGAUCCCACAGGCCAUGUACACCAUGCUGGCAUGUGCAAGGAUAGGGGCCAUACAUAGCCUCAUCUUUGGGGGAUUUGCGUCCAAAGAACUGAGCAGUCGGAUUGAUCAUGCAAAGCCCAAACUGGUCGUGACAGCAUCAUUUGGUAUUGAACCUGGCAGGAGAGUAGAAUACAUACCACUUCUCGAAGAGGCGCUGAGAAUAGGACAGCAUGCACCAGACAAAGUUCUCAUUUAUAACCGUCCAAAUAUGGAAGCUGUUCCUCUGACUCCAGGCCGUGACCUUGACUGGGAUGAAGAGAUGGCUAGAGCACACCCCCAUGACUGUGUCCCUGUCCUCUCAGAACACCCGCUGUAUAUCCUCUACACUUCCGGAACCACAGGGCUCCCAAAGGGUGUGGUUAGACCCACUGGUGGCUAUGCUGUCAUGCUCAACUGGACAAUGUCUUCUAUUUAUGGACUUAAGCCUGGAGAGGUAUGGUGGGCAGCUUCUGACUUAGGCUGGGUGGUGGGACAUUCCUAUAUUUGCUACGGACCUCUUCUACAUGGGAAUCCAACAGUCUUAUAUGAGGGGAAGCCUGUGGGAACACCAGAUGCAGGGGCCUACUUCCGAGUGCUGGCGGAGCAUGGGGUGGCUGCCUUGUUCACCGCACCCACUGCCAUUCGAGCCAUCCGUCAGCAGGACCCUGGGGCCGCAUUGGGGCAGCAGUAUGCUCUCACCAGGUUCAAAACACUGUUUGUGGCUGGGGAGCGGUGUGACGUGGAGACCCUGGAAUGGUCCAGAAAGGUCUUCAGAGUACCAGUCUUGGACCACUGGUGGCAGACGGAGACUGGAUCCCCCAUCACAGCAUCCUGCAUUGGAUUAGGGAAUUCAAAAACACCUCCUCCUGGACAAGCAGGGAAAAGCGUCCCUGGUUACAAUGUUAUGAUUUUGGAUGACAACAUGCAAAAACUGAAAGCUUGGAGUCUGGGAAACAUCGUGGUGAAGUUGCCAUUACCACCCGGGGCUUUUUCAGGACUCUGGAAGAACCAGGAAGCGUUCAAGCAUUUAUACUUCGAGAAAUUUCCUGGCUACUACGACACCAUGGAUGCGGGCUAUAUGGAUGCAGAAGGCUACCUGUAUGUCAUGUCUCGUGUUGAUGAUGUCAUAAAUGUUGCUGGCCACAGGCUUUCUGCGGGUGCCAUUGAAGAGUCUGUUCUUUCCCAUGGCGCCGUGGUGGACUGUGCCGUGGUGGGCAAGGAGGACCCGCUGAAAGGCCACGUUCCACUGGCCCUGUGUGUGUUGAGGACAGAUGUAAAUGCCACGGAGGAACAGAUCUUAGAGGGCAUCGUGAAACACGUUCGCCAGACCAUUGGGCCGGUGGCUGCCUUUCGAAACGCCGUGUUUGUCAAGCAGUUACCCAAAACCAGAUCUGGCAAGAUCCCGAGGUCAGCAUUGUCUGCCCUUGUCAAUGGAAAGCCCUACAAGAUAACACCUACCAUUGAAGACCCCAGCAUUUUUGGACACAUAGAAGAAGUGCUAAAGAAGGCAUCCUGAUAUUUUAUGUUUGAGUUGAUUUUCUAAUUGAACUCUAGCUGCUUAAAAAAAAAAAACAAUGACUUUCAGAACAAAAAAUUUUAAUAGAAAUUACUUGCAAAUCGAAAUGUAAAUUUUUGAAGCUUUGUUGAAAAACCUGUACUUGAAGAUUUGUGAGAUACCUUCUUCCUGAUCAACCCACUUUGCCACCAGUUGUCUGGAAUGUGGCUUAAAAGUUAAAAUGCAUACAUACACACACACACACACACGCACACACGCGCACAUGCACAUGCAUACACCCAUAUACAGGUAACAGAUAAGUUUUUUAAAAGUGUACUCUAUCCCAGAACAUUUUCUUUGAAAGUGAAAAUACAGAACCACUUCCUGAACGAGGAAUCUGAAGCUUUGGUCCAACACCGAACACUCAAAUUGAAGUCAGAAAUAAUUACAUUGGGGGGUGUAUGGAAAUUCUGAAUAUUUUCUAAUAUUUUUAAGUGCCUACAUGCCUGGUUAUUUUUAAAACAAAGAGAUGGAGUCUGAAGUGAAAGGUGAUGAUCCGGAGAGAUUCUGGGAAGAAACACUGGACUAGUCGAGUCCCUGCAGACUAUGGGGUGCGCUGGAUACAGCAGUGCCUUGGCCACUGUGUCAGAGGAAAUGACAGGCCUGGCGAGAGCUGCGAGGUCAUUGAUUCCAAUCUGUUGUGCUGAAGAUGAGGACUGCUUUGAGCCCCCUUCCAGGAUCGGAUCUUAAAUCAUGCACUAUGGAAUAAUGACUUGGGGACAGACUGUCAAGGGCAGUUCUGGAAGAAAUGUACAAGUUUAUGUGCUAUGCCAAGAAAGAUUUUUUAGAGAAUCUGAAAAUUCAGAUUUGUAUGUGACACCUCUGAUUACUUUUAAAUAGUUCACUAGUAAUAUUGUGACAUCCAAAUGAAAAGAUGUGCUUGGAAGUCAGAAUAUUGAGGGUGUGUGUGUGUGUGUGUGUGUGUGUGUGUGUGUGUAAAAAAUGCUGUUGAACUGCUUGCUGAUACAGUGUGGACCUUAAAAUCCUGCUUUUAAGCUGCCUUCUGGGGUCCCAAGUCUCCCGCAACACAAGGAAUUUCCUUUUUGAAUGAAAUUUCUUUCCCUUCCUUCUUUCCUUCCUUCCUUCCUUCCUCCCUCCCUCCCUUUCUUCCUUCCUUUCUCCCCUCUUAUCCCCUCCCCUCUUCUCUCUCCCUCUUUUCUUCUUUCUUUCUGGCCAUCGCAGGAACUUUACUGCUGUGAACCAACUUUUUUUCAGAAACAGGGACAGAAACGGGGAGCAUCAGGGCUUCCUCCAGGGCAUGGGAGCCAGGCUGGAACCUGGGCCCACUGUUUGGGUGAGCUGUUCUGCAGUUCUUGAUACUCUCUUUUCACACGUCAUACUUGAGGAUGAAAUUUAUUCAUCUAGCUACUCCCUUUUCAUUCUUUCAAAAAUCUGAGUUAAAUGAACUGCAUAGACAUUCAGUUUAUAAAUUCAAAAUGAGUAACUUAAACUCUUGAGUAUCCAUCACCACACUGUUAUCUUACCCAAAUCAUUUGCUGUGUCAUAGCAUUGAAAUGUACCUCCCUAUUUUUUUGUUCAUAUAACGUUCAAUUAAUUUGAGGUGGAGCACUGAGUGGGUAAAAAGUUGGACUCUGAAGCCUAAGGUCAGUGACUUUGAAAUGCAAUUUCUGUCCCCGCUGGUGCAUUCUUUGUAAGGCAGAAAUGCAGGCGGAUCUGAGAAGUAUGCCAAGGUGGUGUCUUCAGUCCUCUUGCCCAUUUUCCUGGUAAUCAAAUUUGAAGGGACAGGAAAGCAGACAGUCUUAUGUUGUUACAUCCCUGUGGAAUGGGACUGGAAGACUGUCUGAAAUGCAAGGAGGCAGCUCUUGGCUGUAUCUGGCUGAGGCUAUGUCUCUGGUUUGGAGAGUCAGAGAGUAAUACUAUUCUUCUCAUGUGCCUCAAGAUGGGAAAGAAACAUAGGCUCACCAGAUUUGCUUACAUCUUGGAAGGAAAAUGAUUGCCUAUCGUAAUACCUAGCACAAGGCGCUUUGACCAGGUGCUCCUUCAACUACACAGAAUUAAAUGUACCUUCAAGAUGAACAAUAGACCAUCCUUAAAAAGGUGUGCUUACUUGAAUGGGCUGAAAUGCAUUCUGCAUGAGAUUCUGCUGGGAUUUCCAUGAAAAUAUUUUUAUCUGAGUACAUCAGAAUAAUGAGAAUAGAAACAUUUCCUUUAAAAGUGUAUAGAGGGCAGAAAGCAUAAUGGUUAUGUUAAUGACUUUUAUAGCUGAGAUUCUGUGAUCCCAGGUUCAGUGCCGUGCACCACCAUCAGCAAGAGCUGAGUAGAGCUCUGAAAAUAUACAUAUACAUAUAAAUAUAUAUGGAAACUUGUUUUCUAAUUCACUGACUUAUUUUGCUAUAAAAAUGUGUGCAAAUGAGAACUGCUUUGCCUUAAAAAACAGCUUCGUUUAUAUAAAAUCAUACUCAUUAAAAUGUGAACAUUCAUAA